AUUCCGUCGAGUUGUCGGGCAUCCGUUGUCGGUGUUGUUUCCAUCCCGCUCUUUUACACAUACCUACUACUACUACCUACUACUUGUACCGCCGGUAACACUACAUUGAUAAAUUACCUACUACUUCCCUGUUUUGACUUAUUGCCGGUUCCUGUGUGUGUGUGGUACAUCGAUACUAACCAACACCGACCAAGGCAACUACCUACCUCCCUCCCGUCUACCUACAUACACACUACGAGACUACACUACCUCUACUAACGGCAAUCUACAACCGCCCUUCCCUGCCGCGCAUCCCAUUACGGACGGCACAGUGAAACACCGGACCUGCAAGCCACAAUCUUAUCAUUCUUAUUUCCCUUCCCUUCCCGUCUUAUCGUCUCGUCUCGUCGCUCACGGAGAUAAAAGAUGACCAUCCGUACUUAUCAUCGCCCAGUAAAGACAUCUGAAGUCGUUGUUGUUUCGUUAGCAUCCCAAGAGGAGCAAGAAAAUACUAUGGCCGGUGGUCAAGAAGGAAGAAAGGGGUCGGCAUCACCGCCACCACCACCACCACCACCACCACCAGCAACACCACCAAAGAGCGGUGGUGGUGGUCAACAUCAACAUCCACAUCAUCAUCUGCACCAUCUACACCAUCUACACCAACAAUAUCAGCAAUUUCAGCAACCGGCACCACCACCACUACUACCGUAUCCACAAAGUCAACAUUCACAAAGUCGUCACCCGCAGCAGCAGCAGCAGCAGCCACCAAGAAGUGCAGCACCACCAGCACCAGCACCAGCACCCGCACCCGCACCAGCACCCGCACCAGUACCAGUACAACCACCAAGCACUACCGUCGACCCAAGUCUACUGCCAUACACGGGCGAGCAACGAAUACUCGAACUACACCGACGAGAACUCGAAAAGGCUUCUAGCGGUGAUAUCAGCGAUCAUGACUACACAACCCCCCUCCUCCCGCACCUAAAACUCAUCUCGGCCGAUUCUGGUCUUCCCCACCCCAAGUCCUACUUCCGCUACGUCGUCCAACCCUCCCACUGCAACCGCAACGGCACCCUGCACGGCGGCUGCAUCGCCACGCUUUUCGACUACUGCACCAGCAUGCCGCUUGCGCUCGUCUCCCGCCCCGGGUUCUGGUACUCCCUGGGCGUCAGUCGGUCUUUGAACACGACGUACUUAAGACCUGUCCCCGUGGGCACCGAAGUGUUUAUCGAGUGUGAGGUGGUGGCGCUCGGUAAGCGGAUGGCGAGUAUUAGUGGCAAGAUGAGGAGGGCGGUGGAUGGCGCGCUGGUGGCUACUUGUGAGCAUGGCAAGGUGAAUACGGAUGGGGCGGAGGGGGGGAGUAAGCUUUGAUUUUGCUUUGUCUUGCGUUGCUUUGCUGUGUGUGGGAGGGGGUGGAAACUGGGGAGAUGGAUCUUUCUUCUGGGAAGAGAGUAGGAUUUGUGUUGUUGUUAGAUGGUGUAAGUAGAUAUUUGCAGGCAAAUAUGAUGGUAGUUACAAAUGAUGUG